AUGGAAACGCUACACCAACCCAAAGCUCAGGUCUCCUGGGUUGGUUCGCUUCAAGUGCUCCUCAGCUUCGUUUUGUGCACCAUCUUUGGGCGUCUAUCUAACGCCGCAUAUGGCCGUCACGCCGUCUUCGUUCGAUCACUGCUCGCCGUCCUCGGCAGCUUCAUGACGAGCCUCGCCAGCCGCUACUGGGAAAUUUUCUUCGCGCAGAGCCUGUGCACCGGCUUGGGUCUCGGCUUGAUGUUCACGCCUUCGAUGUUCGUCAUCGGCCUGGUCUGCGUCGGCGGUAUGCUUUAUACCUGGAUAGGUGUCCACAACCGAGUCAGCAUGUACGCCUUCUCCGUUGUAUACGGCCUUAUUUUUGACGCUUCGCAGGGCGUUUUCGACGGAUCACUGGCGAUCCUAAAGAAAGAUACAAGUAAGAUGGGGACCCAAUCCGGCAUGGUGUGCAUGCUGUUGGACUUUGCGACGUUAGCAGGGCCGCCUACCGCUGGUGCGAUCAUUGACCAGUCCAGGGGAGAGUAUCUGUGGACUCAGAUCUGGGGUAGAACAGUCAUACUCUUGGCUGCAAUCAUGGCCAUGGCGGCUAGGUGGUGGAUGACUGGGUGCAAGCUGAUCCCCCCGCCAUGGCGGUCCGUCAUGAACACUGUUGUGAGGGAAAGACAACAAGAAGACGGUGCCGAAUACUAUAAUAUCGAAACCGAAUGCCAUGAAAAAUGUUCACGGCAGGAUCCCCGCCGUAUUUAG